CUCAAUACAAGGAAAAGGGACUUUACAGCAGGGUGGGGUCAGUGGAUGGGAAGUUUCUAAGAGGAAACACCAGGGGUAAGGGGGAUGGAUGAGGAGGAGGGCUCUGGCUAAACUCAGCACCAGGAUUCUUGCUGAAGGCAAUCUAGGUGAUCAGACAUCACCUGGAAGAUGGUGAAAGAGGAGGAACCCUCCCAAAUGUGAGGGCGAUCAGGUUUGGGGGUGGGGGUACUGGCUAAAAUGACUUGGUAGGAUGCUUGCUAAAAUUGGACAAUGCAGAGAGGGGCAGGGAAGCUCCAAAGGCAGGGCCUAGAUGAGAGUUCAGAGGAGCCCGGGCGGAGUUUGGUCCAGGAGAGACUGUCGGGUCCCGGACCGCGGGCGGGGACGCCAGCGGCGCGAGCUGCCUGCAGGGGGCGCGCCGGGUCUCUGCGCGGGCCGCGGCCGGGAUCGGAAGUGCAGAAGCUGGGCGGCGCGGGGCGGGGCAGUGCCGCGUCCCCACCGCCGCCCCGGGCCGCCUCUCGGGCCCGCCCCCGGGAACCCCGGAAGAGCGGCGCGGGAGCCGGGGAGGCAGGGAGCCCGGACCGGAGGAGCGCGCGGUCCGGACUGAGCUCCGUCCUGCCCCCCUGCCCGGAGCACCGGGGCCGCGAGCGAGCGUGCGGGCGGCUUCCCUUCCGUGGUCCGCUAGGCCCCGCGUGCAGGUCCACGUGCCUCCCCUCCGCUCUCGCCCCUGCAGGAGAGAAAAGCGAGAUGGGAGACUUAAAAUCUGAGGAUAAAAAGAGGGUCCUUCCCACAUGGAUGACAACCCAGGAGGCCGAGAAGAGAAAGGUUCCAGUGAAGACCCCCAAGGGGAGGAGACGGCCGGCGGCAGCACAGGAAACUGUUGCAACAAGGCUCGCUGCAGUGAGGACUGUGUACUGCAUGAGUGAAGCUGAAAUGGUAGCCGUCGCUCUGGGGACCCUGAUUGAGGCCCGGGAACAGGAAAAGCCCUUCGAGCCGCCGACCCUGGCGGGCGCUGGCAAACAACAACUGUCCCCAACCUGCUCAACGUUGUCACCGAGUUCUCCUGGGAGUGGAAGUGAGGGUGAGGGCAAUGGGCAAGACGCCCUUCCUCCAGGCCUCGGCCCUCCUCGGGGGCGCACGGGGUCCGAGGCUGCGUGCAGCAGGAGCCCUGCGGAGGACGAUGACAUGUUAAAAUACGUCCGGGAGAUAUUUUUCAGCUAAGGCACAGACUUCCCAGGACUUCCUUCCCAGGCGCUGAGGGAAGCCAGCUUCCCUUCCCGGCCUGGGGCCUGGCCGAGGGUGCCUAAGGGGCCCAGUCCUCCCCUCCCCGGGCUGGCAGAUGCACCAAGGAGGGGAAGCCCAGGAGGCUCUGGGCCUUGGGAGCUGUCCCGGUGAGUGUGUGGAAGUGAGGAACCAUAGAAUUUCUGCUCUGUACCUCCCCCGCUCGGACGGUCUGGCUUUAUUCACUUCCCAGGUUCGGGGAAAGGUGGACAAGGGGGUCACAUUUAUUGGAACCGAAGAGUCACCUUCAUAAAUUUGAAAGAAGAAAGCGUAUAGCUGCUAAGUUCACUGGAAUUCUGACAGUUUAGUCAGUGGGAUCUCUUUCUAAGGAGGAAGCCUCUUUUAAAGCGAGUUUCCAUCCCCCGUGCAGCCCGGGAGGCAGAUGUCAUGCCCACAGGGCUCUGCCUGGGAUCUGCACUGGAAGGCCUCUGCCCCCCCACCCCCCCACGCUGCCACCUGCCCUUCCACUCGGCGGCUAAGCCCUCGUCCCUGGGCAGUUGGAAAGCAAGACUGGGACAGGAGCCCGCAGGAGCCUCUACAGCCGAGAUCCUGCCAGAGUCCAUCGUUCUGUCUCUAUUCAGCGUGCCUUUGGACAGAUGGAACGAGGCAGGCAUCUGCCGUCCAGGUUUUCCGAUGUGCAGGUGCUCAGAAAUACAAACCGGUUCCCAAGACGAAGGCUGUGCUUUUAUCCUUUGCAGUUCUGGGUGGAGAAGUGAAGAGAUGCAGCAUCUGUACGUGCCUGGAGCUGUUCUGUUCACCUCCCUCACCUCUCCGGGGGUUUGGUGUAUUCUGUUCCCAACUCCCGGGGCCCGUGCUAGGAAUGUUUUGCCCGCCGAUGCCCGUGCUCUGUCUGGCCUCGGGUCCAAGAGCCUCUCCAGGAGAGCCUUCGGAACCACCGAGGCUUCUCUUUGUGCCCAGGGGUUCGGUCUCUAGUGAAUCCCUCAAGGGCUCACUCCUGGGCCUUCGGGAGUGGUAUUAGGGAAAGGGGGUUCAUCGUAUCACACCCACCACGGAGUGGGGGGAGCUUGCUAACCGGGGCCCCGAGGGACACUGAGGCGAGCUCUCUCUCAUGUUCCCCGUUGGUUGACAUAAACCUUCACUGGGUUCUAGUUUGACAUUUGGCAAAUUGCCCUGGAAGUCAGGCCUCAUGACAGGAGUCCUCUCUCCAUGAUCCUGAGGAUGGAAUGAGAAUGGCUUGCUCAGAUCAGUGCAGGAAAGCAGGAGUCCUCAGGAUGGUGAGCUGCGUGGUCUGGGGGUGCCCUUGGGAACUUUGGAAGUCAAGGCCUCUUGACCCUGGGUACCUCCCCUCUCCAUGGCGGGGCCCGGCUACGAGGGCGUGAGAUGGGCAUUCACUGUCAAACAGGCUGAGGAGACAGAGCAGCCCCUCAAGUUUCUGGCACCUUCUCUGAGCAUGGUUCAGACCGAACUCUUGCGAUCA